CCCACUCCCCUCCUUUGCGCGCGUGCGCCCCGUCCCCGCGCCCCACCCCCGCCGCGGGCGCGCGCUCGUGUCCGUGGUCCCGGGCGGCAGCUAGAGACUGCAGGGCCAACUAGGGGCCGGAGAAGGGGCGCCGGGAUCGCCGGGAGCGCGGCCGGGCGUGGCGGGAGCGCGGGCGCAGGCCUGGCCAAGAGCGGGGGCCGCCGCCGCGCCGCCGCCCACCAGUCGGCCGGCCAGGCCGCGGCGCUGAGCGCAAGGGCCGGGCUCCGGGGGCCAGCGACCAUGGGCGGGAGCCGGAGGCGGCAGCGGCAGCGGCAGCGGCAGCGGCGGACCCCGCGGGCGGGGAGGCGCGCGGCCCACGGCCCCUGACGCCCCCGGAGGCCCGGCGCGCCCCCGCGCAUCCUGGGGGGGCCGUAGCCAAGCAACGCCCGGCGCGCCUGCCCAUCCCCCGCUUCCCUUUUUUUCCUGGCGGGGUGCUAGGGAGCAUGCCCGAGCCUGGCCUCUGCCAGCUAAGAGUUAACCUGAGGGGCGUGGAGCUGUCCCCCCUUUGGGGGCGUGCCCCCCUUCCCCGCUAGGCGGCCCGCCCCCUGCUCUAGGGUAUGGCUCCGGGCCCCGGCCCGGGACCCGAGGUCCCGCGCAAGGACCAGUGAAAGGCAUUUACCCUUUUCUGCCCUCUUCCCUCGCCGGCCAGCAACAUGGGAUGCAAUAUGUGCGUGGUCCAGAAACCGGAGGAGCAGUACAAAGUAAUGCUUCAGGUGAACGGGAAGGAGCUCUCCAAGCUGUCUCAGGAGCAAACCCUGGAGGCCCUGCGCUCCUCCAAGGAGCCCCUGGUGAUCCAGGUGCUGAGACGCAGCCCCCGCCUCCGGGGGGACAGCUCCUGUCACGACCUGCAGCUGGUGGACAGUGGCACUCAGACUGACAUCACCUUCGAGCAUAUCAUGGCGCUGGGCAAGCUGCGUCCACCCACCCCGCCCAUGGUCAUCCUGGAGCCGUACGUCUUGUCUGAGCUCCCCCCAAUCAACCAUGAGUAUUAUGACCCAGCGGAGUUCAUGGAGGGCGGCCCGCAGGAGGCAGACCGUAUGGACGAGCUGGAGUACGAGGAGGUGGAGCUGUAUAAAGCCAGCCACCAGGACAAGCUGGGCCUGAUGGUUUGCUACCGCACCGAUGAUGAGGAGGACCUGGGCAUCUACGUUGGAGAGGUGAAUCCCAACAGCAUUGCAGCCAAAGACGGCCGGAUCCGAGAAGGAGACCGAAUCAUCCAGAUAAACGGUGUGGACGUCCAGAACCGGGAAGAGGCGGUGGCCAUCCUGAGCCAGGAGGAGAACACCAACAUUUCCCUGCUGGUGGCCCGACCUGAGAGCCAGCUGGCAAAGCGAUGGAAGGACAGUGACCGGGAUGACUUCCUGGAUAACUUGGGCUCAGAGAAUGAGGGGGACCUGCGUGGUGGGAAGUUGAAAUCACCCCCUGCCCAGAAGCUCGGGAAUGAAGAGGAGCAAGCAGUCCCCGAUGUGGGUCCAGGCCUGAGCAACAGCCAGGAGCUGGACAGCGGGGUGGGCCGGACUGACGAGAGCACCCGCAAUGAGGAGAGCUCUGAGCACGACCUGCUGGGCGAUGAGCCCCUGAGCACCACCAACACGCCUGGGACCCUGCGCAAGUUUGGCCUGCAAGGGGAUGCCCUGCAGAGCCGGGACUUCCACUUCAGCAUGGACUCCCUGCUGGCUGAGGGGGCUGCAUUGGGGGGUGGUGAAGUCCCUGGCCUCACCGAUGAGGAAUAUGAGCGCUACCGGGAGCUGCUGGAGAUAAAGUGCCACCUGGAGAAUGGCAACCAGUUGGGCCUCCUCUUUCCCCGGGCCUCUGGUGGCAACAGUGCCCUGGACGUCAACCGCAAUGAGAGCCUGGGCCAUGAGAUGGCCAUGUUGGAGGAAGAGCUACGGCACCUGGAAUUCAAGUGCCGCAACAUCCUGCGGGCGCAGAAGAUGCAGCAGCUGCGUGAGCGCUGCAUGAAGGCCUGGCUGCUGGAGGACGAGAGCCUCUAUGAGCUGGGAGCCAGUGAGCCCAAGAAGCACGAGCUGUCUGACAUCUCUGAGCUGCCUGAGAAGUCUGACAAGGACAGCACCAGUGCCUACAACACAGGGGAGAGCUGCCGCAGCACCCCACUGCUCACCGAGCCCCUGCUGGAGAGCCCCCUGAGGCGGGCAGCUGCUGGCAACUCCAACUUGAACCAGAUUCCCUCUGGGCCCCCUGUUGCCACCCACCCCAAGGGAGCUCCUUCACAGGGGAGCCCCGCCAAAUUCCGAUCCCUCUCCCGGGAUCCCGAGGUGGGCCGGAGACAGCACUCAGAGGAGCGUGUCCGCCGCAGCCCAAAGACGGGGGUGACCCUGGAGCGUGUGUGCCCUGAGGGCAGCCCUUACCUCUCUAGGCGCCACAGAGGCCAGGGCCAGGAGAGCGAGCACUACAAUAGCUGUGUGCAGUUGGCCCCGCCGCGUGGCCUGGAGGAUCUGGGUCAUGGCCCCUUGAGUUUGGCUAGUGGCCCUCGGGUAGGCGGAGCAGUGGCAACAGCCGCCGAAGCACCCCGAAUGGAGUGGAAGGUCAAGGUACGCAGCGACGGAACCCGCUACGUGGCCAAGCGGCCUGUGCGUGAUCGCCUUCUAAAAGCCCGGGCCCUGAAGAUCCGAGAGGAGCGCAGUGGCAUGACCACAGAUGACGAUGCAGUGAGUGAGAUGAAGAUGGGCCGCUACUGGAGCAAAGAGGAGCGGAAGCAGCACCUGAUCCGGGCCCGGGAGCAGCGGAAGCGGCGUGAGUUCAUGAUGCAGAGCCGGCUGGAGUGCCUGAGGGAACAGCAGAAUGGCGACAGCAAGGCUGAGCUCAACAUCAUUGCCUUGAGCCACCGCAAAACCAUGAAGAAGCGGAACAAGAAGAUUCUAGACAACUGGAUCACCAUCCAGGAGAUGCUGGCCCAUGGCACUCGCUCGGCUGACGGCAAGCGGGUCUACAACCCUCUGCUCUCGGUUACCACCGUCUGAGCCACCCGGAUGGGAGCCAGCUGUACUCCAGGUGCUGGCCCUCUGCCCCAACCCAGGUUCAGUGAGCCUCCAGGGACCCCGCUGUGUACUCUCCCUUAGAAUCUAGUGUGUGUCUGUGUGUGCACAGGUGUGUGCGUACCUGUCUUUGUGUGUGUGCACAGGACUUUGUUGCCAGAGAGAAGCCUCUGAGGAGCAGAGGCACCCCUUCAGUUGUGUGCACGUGUGUACACAAUACGAGCCCAGGCACAUGCACGUGCACACACUCAUGCACACCCCUCCAGAGCUCUCUCAGUGUGGGAACUUGGGCACAGGGAAGUUGAGCAGAAACGGAGGUGAAGAGGACUGUCCUAAGCACAAGAGAAUGUCCAGCUUCCGAGCUGAGCAGUCUUUCUCCCUGCUGGGAGCAUCCUCUAUUUGUAGACAAAGGCAAACCCUGAUUUUUGUGGUUUUUCUCCCUUCCUGUGCUUGCCAAUUGUUUUUCUGUUUUGUGCACCUGCCCUGGGGACUGGCAGCUCCUUCAGGCAGCCUGACAAAGGCGGAAUCCCCUAGUGAAGGCUGGG